UAUUAUUUUUUUACUUUGCUGUGAUUUAAUACUAGAAACUAUUAAAGCUUUUGAGUAUUCCAAUAAUGUGGAAAGUAAAUCCGCACAUAUUCGACUUAAAAAUACUGAUGUUUACAGUUCAUCUACAAGUGUUUAGCAGUAUUAACUUGUAUACCGCAGAGAUAAGGUGUUAUUUCCUACCACUGCAUAAACUACAUAGAGAAACUACGUGUGAUUACGCACGUGAACGACGUGAACUCUGCGCUUAGUUUUACUAGUGUGCACUUUGCAAUAUAGUUUAUAUAUUAUGACAGUUGUGUGCGUAAAUUGUUACGACGACGCAGAUGAAUUUCCAGUGCGGCGGUGUUGUGAAGAUUUCUUUCUUGCUGACUCUAAAAUAUAUUUGAAAUGUAAAAGAAUAUCAGUUUUUGUGUAAUGUAAAUGCAAUGUUGUAAACAUUCUUUAUCAAAAUAGAGUUUUUUUUCUUGCUAUAUUGCGUACUUGCAACAACAAACACUGUGCGAUCGUUGCUACUUGAUUGAAUAUAUUAGUGUUGUAGUGGUGCAUUUGUUUAUUUAUAGAUUUUGCAAUUUGCAGUCAUGUUAUCACUCUUGUGGCGCUAAAAUGUCUCAGAGGGAUACUGCGAUACAUCUUGUGGCUGGGGGAUUGGCGGGAACUGCCGGGGCAGUAGUUACAUGUCCUCUUGAAGUGGUGAAGACUCGUCUGCAGUCCUCUAAGGGUGUAGGCAUACCACAGCCUCCGUCACAUUCUGGUACUGCCAGCACAAGAAAAGUAUGCUCAAAGAUACCUAAACAUCAGGUGCAGCAGUGCGCCAGGGCCGGACACGCGCGCACCACCUCCAGAAUGAGCCUUAUACAGUGCAUCAGGCACAUCGUCCAGACUGAGGGUCCGAGGGCGCUGUUCAAAGGGCUGGGACCUAAUCUGGUGGGGGUGGCGCCGUCUAGGGCGAUUUACUUCUGCACGUAUUCCCAGGCGAAGGCGAUCCUCAAUCAACAUAUACCGCCGGACACACCGAUUGUUCAUCUCUCAGCAGCAAGUGCUGCAGGUUUCAUGUCGUGUACUAUGACGAAUCCAAUCUGGUUCGUGAAGACCCGCCUGCAACUGGACGGACAGAACAUCACAGCGUUGCAGUGCAUAAAGAGGAUAUACGCUAAGACGGGUAUAAAAGGUUUCUACAAAGGUAUAACGGCGUCAUACAUGGGUAUUAGUGAGACGGUGGUACACUUUGUACUGUACGAGGGCGUGAAGGCGCGCCUGAUCGCCGCGCGCUCGGACGGCUCGCCUAGCGACACGCGCUCGCCUAGGGACUUUGUUGAGUUCAUGGGCGCAGGCGCCUUCUCUAAAACAGUCGCAUCCUGUAUUGCUUAUCCACAUGAAGUAGCAAGGACGCGGCUGCGAGAGGAGGGCGACAAGUACCGCAAGUUCUGGCAGACGCUGCACACCGUCUGGGCGGAGGAGGGCUAUCGCGGUGUAUAUAGGGGCUUAGGAACUCAACUGGUCCGUCAAAUACCUAACACAGCGAUCAUGAUGUCUACAUACGAGGCAGUUGUUUAUCUGCUUACAACACAUUUCAAUAGUUCCUUCUAUGAGAAUACUUAGUCUAUGACAACUCGAUACUUUGAUCCCAUCCCAAUAGUAAACCAACAUUUACAAAUGGCUUGCAAACACUUAGUUGUAAUGUUGCAUAAGUCAUUGUAAAACAGAAAAUCAAUACUUAGAAAUCAUCUUGACAAGUUUAUAAACGUUUUCUAGCAAAACUUGUUAAAAGAAAUUGUAGAAAUAGAUACGUUUAAAAUAAGUAUAUGACAUAACUCGGAAAUCAUAAAAUAAAAUUGGAAAGUUCAGAAAUAGCCUAUUUCCAGGGCCGGAUUUAGCAUUUCCGGCGCCCGGGGCGAGAUUUUGGGCGCCCUCUUUCUUGGUGUCGCGGGAAAUGUUCCAAAGAUAGGGUGUCUUAGGGGAUACAGGCGCCACCUCAUGGCCGGUGCCCUGGGCGAUCGUCCCAUCUCGCCCUACCUUAACGCCGCUACUGAUUAUUUCGAAAUGUUAAAUAUUUUUGUAUGGAAGAGAUAUGCAUAGUUAUAUCACAUUUAGAAUAUUCUGGACAUCUUAAUUCACGUAGAAAAUCAAAGUGGAAUAUAAUAUAGAAGUUUUAAAAAAAUCCUUCAUUACGAAUGUCGAGAAAAAUUCUUUUCCAACGAGCUUGUUAGUGUAUUUAUUUCAGCGUAUUUUUGUAAAAGUAGUUUCUACAGUAUCUUAUACGAAUGAAUAUAUUUUUAACAAAAAUAUAGUAUGUACGGUGCUCGGAUGUAAUGAAUCUUAUGGUUCAAGUACUGAAAUGGUUCCGUAAUUUAAAAAAAAAAUCGUUAACUUCUAAAAAGUAUCAUUUAUGUUGUAAGUUGUUAAUAUGUUGACAUAAUCACAAAGAAAUGUCAAAAAUAUUUUUACAAUGUUAAUAUUAUCCGAUUUUAAUUGUUUGUUCGGUUAACAGUUUUUAUGUGCGCUGGCCAAAUAAUCAGGAUUUAACGACUCCGAAAAUAAUAAAAUAUCGCUUUAGUCAUAGUUUUCUAGUCUCUUUUGUAAGAAACAUUUCUUAGGAAAAUAGUAAGAAAUGGAAAAUCAAUAUCUAAAAAUUCAGUAAUAAUUGGUAAUUCUGCGUCUUCACCAGUGCACUUAUAACAAUUUUCUAUGCUUGUUAAGUUUAUAACAAUAAUUAAGAUAUUUCUAUAUAAAUUUCGAUUUCCACUGACUAAAAUUCACCUAUUUUGCUCUUUGAUAUUUUUUAAUCUAUGUUUUACAUGUUUAAAUAGAUUAAACAUCUAU